AUGGCAGCUUGUGUGACUUACAUGUGAAAAGUAGUGUAUGGAAUGAUCUUUUUCUAGAAGGAAAUUAAUAAAUUGAAGGUGCUAAAAACGGAUCGAUCGUUCGGAGAUUGAUGUGUAAGAGCCAGUCAGCGUAAUUACGAUUAAAAUCAUUCAGGAGUCGUUCUGAUCAGUUGCAACAGUUCUGUUGCUUAUGCCUUAAAUGUUGAGUUUGACGCUCGAUACAAUAAACAUCUCACCCUCAUCUUCCUCCGCAUUACCGAGCAGUGAACUCGUUAUGUCGGGGGAUCAUAAAACUGUUAUGAAAGGCAAUCCCUCACAGUAUGUCAAACUAAACAUCGGUGGAUCGCUUCAUUACACUACUAUAGGCACUCUCACUAAACAUGAUACAAUGUUACGUGCCAUGUUUAGUGGCCGCAUGGAAGUUCUUACCGACUCUGAAGGCUGGAUACUGAUAGAUCGUUGCGGAAAGCAUUUUGGAACUAUCCUCAACUUCUUACGAGACGGUUCAGUUCCACUACCCGAGAGUGUGAAGGAGAUGGCAGAGCUGCUAGCUGAAGCAAAGUAUUAUUGCAUCAGCGAGCUGGCUGAGUCGUGUGAACAGGCGCUCCAACGGAAGGAGCGAGAGGCAGAACCCAUUUGUCGGGUCCCUCUCAUCACUUCUCAACGUGAAGAGCACCUCCUCAUCAGUAAUACUACUAAACCUGUUGUUAAACUGCUCAUCAAUAGACAUAACAACAAAUAUUCUUACACCAGCACAUCCGAUGACAACCUGUUGAAAAACAUAGAGUUGUUUGACAAAAUGUCGCUACGAUUCAGUGGCAGAGUAUUGUUUAUAAAAGAUGUCAUCGGAUCGAGUGAAAUAUGUUGCUGGACAUUUUAUGGUCAUGGUAGAAAACUUGCCGAAGUUUGCUGCCAUUCCAUUGUAUAUGCAACGGAUAAGAAACAUACAAAGGUGGAGUUUCCAGAAGCACGUAUUUACGAAGAGACGCUGAAUAUUUUGCUUUACGAGCACCGUAAUGUUCCCGAUCAGGAAUUAAUGCAGGCUACAUCGUCGCGAGGAGCUGUUGGAGGGGGACCUCCUUGUACCUCCGAUGAGGAAGAAGGAGAACGAUCGGGUCUUGCCCGGCUUCGAUCUAACAAGCAAAACACUAACUGACCCCCUCCCCAUCACCUCGCGUCACCCCACCCAGCUAUCCUUAACGUAGUUCGUUCCUUCAAGACUCGACCCAAUAAAUAAUUGAUACAAACGAUAGGGCUCUUCUGUCACUGGACAGUCCAAUGUACAAAUUAAGUACUUUUUGCACAGGACUUGACAACGACUUCAUUAAACAAUCUAGCCCAUACCCUCGCCUCAUGCACUUUCUAAUGGAUAAUUUCACACUCCGCUUACAUCAUCGACCACAACUAGCAAUUUGCAUAUUUCAGUCAAAUCUAUGGUCAAAGCAUUGAUUUUACCGUAGUCAAGCGACAGAUUAUUGGAGUGCUCGAUGAAUUCGGCGGAGUAAAUACUGCCAGUCAAAUGUUCGUCUAUAGAGAGUAUGCGCAAAGAAUAAAUGGCCUAGCCAGCUCAGGUUUUGGGAACAAUUGUGGAACGUAACUCAUCAGCUUUCCAUAUAUCAGUACUCGCUUCUUAUCCCCUAGAAAUCAAGUUAAUCAUCUUCUAUUCUAAUGCAUUGAUUUCAACAUUCCAGCGAUUGUACAAAUCUUCUCAAACAUUGCUCUCGUCCAUUUUAUCUAUUUAUAUGUCUGUCAUUAUCAUUACUAAAUGCAUCACGGCUUUAGCAAUUCAUAUUCAUAUUUAUUUGCUACUUACUUCGAACAGUUGAACAAUUAUCUCAGCCUGCGCUGGCUGUAAAAAGGGACCAUAAGCAUCCAAUUUCCUUUGGACCGAUUCAGUAUUUUGCCCUUAAGGAAGUAAACGGGAUUCAAAUUAUAUUAUUACAUACACCAAGCUUCAAACUACAUCGUAAUAUACAAUAGAAUCACACUUUGUACGUCAGCAAGUGGUUACAUUACGUCAUUGGUCCAAAGGAAUCGGAACUCGCAAACUGCAAGGCCAUUGUUUAAAAAUCUCAUUUAGGGAAUUAGAUUUCUUAGACUGUGUCACCCGUCUAUAACUUGAAAAUUUUGUUCUUGAUUGGGCGUGAACCAUAGCUCAAAUAAAAACUUUGUAAGAAAACUCGCAACCUACGGGUACUACGUAACUAUCAAUAAUGUUCAAUACCUAAAUGGGCCACCGACGUUAUACCAUCUAUUCCAAAGGACAAUCAUGAUCGUUGCUCCUGAGUCAUUGUAAGACAAUUUAUGUGAUAUUUAAUAUACCAUGAUUUACGCGGUACAUGCACCUAAAAAUUACAAAGCCCUAUGCGAUCGAGGUUUUAUUUUAAUUAGUUAUUUAUAUUGACCAAGCCAUCAAGCGCAAAAAAAUGGUCAAAUCUAGCGCAGUUUUAGCUGGUACGUUAUACAUGAAUACGAGUUAUUUACAGUUACGAAUCAUUAGUUACUAUCUACACUGUUUCCGACUUAGGAAAAUAAUCGAAUACGCAGAUUCAUUUAGUUGGAUGAUGGAUGAUUUUUUUUUGUCACGCUUACAUUAAUUAAAUUCACGCAAAGUUCAGAUCAUUUUACCAUACAGAUUAUCAUAUUGCCCUCAAUUCUCCGACAGAGAAAUUUUCAAAUGUUAGACUUGUAUGGGUACAGACUUAAUAUUAGGAUAUUUACCAAAGCCCAAAAUCUUUUACGAACAUAUCAAUGUUACUGAUCUUGGUAACAUUUAAAUCAUUAACUAUCAGUAUUUGAAAUAACAGAACAUGAAUCAGUACAUUCGCGGUAUUCUAAAUGUAUUUAUUUUUAAAUCUGGCUUUAAUUGCCCAUUAAAAUUUGAACGAUUUCUGUAGGUUUAUCGAAGCUACAUCUCCGGUAAAUAACGUCUUUUUUGCUUUACAGAAAAAAGAAAAAAAAAUUAAAUAAUAAUACAUGGAAUCGAUUACGUUAUAACAAUGUUAACAUUGAAUAGAAUGUAGUACGUAUACUAAAACUAGAUAUUUAAACGAGCUAAGGUAUUUAAAAAAUAACUAUAUAUUUAUUUAUUGCUGCAGAGAAAUUGAUUUUUUGAUAUUACCGUCAUAAUCAUCUAGAGCGUGGUGCCAUCGUGAGAAAAAAAAGUAUCAUUAUAGAUAAAUAUCAUUCGUGUUUCGAUCUUGGCAAGGAGCAUCGUUCAAUUCAAAAACCUUAUGCUCAAAUGGAGUGAAUGGCAAAAUUUAAAGAAUGUAAAUGACGUUGACUGUUUAUAUCGCAGAAGUUGUAUCAUAUGAAAAAUGCGGGAACGCAUUAUCUACAGUGCCAAAUUCAUUUAAUAAGUUUAUAUAAGUGACUACUGAUCGCAAAUGAGGCUUUUGGAGUCUUAUUGCCUAUUGGAUGUAUGCGUUGUUAAAUAACGUUGUAAAAUUGGCAUGAAAUAUAUCGUUCAAAAUAA